AUGCCUAAAGGGCAACCAGCAGUGUGCUCUCUUGAGUGGUGUGCGUAUGGAUACCCAACCGACUCUUCAGAAGACAAGGGUAUCCACUUCCAUAUUAGAAGUUACCAUAGAAUGUCCUACACAUGUUCUGUUAGAGAUGUCUCGGUCGAGUAUAUUCGGAACAAUGAAGGGCUAUUUGUGUGUGAGUGUUGGCCGAAAUGGACGUGUAAACCAGGAGAUACUUUGCGCAGUCAUGUCAAAAAAUGUGCGGCUAUUAAUGCGUUUGUCGAUGUCGUCCUCAAGACUUCGGUGUCUUUAGUAGAUGCCCAUCUAAAAAUCUACUUACCCAAAGAGUCGAAAGAGCCACAGAGGCAGUUCCAAGAGCACUCCAGCCUUCCGCCGACUAGUAAACCAAAUAAAAAAAGAAAUAGGGAAGAGACAAAUGACAACAAUUACCGCCUUGGCAACAAUUUGUACCUUAACAAUAAAUCAAGCUUGAUCCAACAGCAAUACAGUAGGCUCGUAGAGCAUGCCAAUCCAACAAAGAAAGAAUGGAUUCCAACGAAAGGGAAAGAGCUAGCGGAAGAGGAAAGUGACAGUCAAGAGUCAGAAGAGAGUGAAGACAACGAGAGUCAGGGGGAGACGGAUGUUAGCUAUAACAAGGUAGUUCACCUACAGCAGCUACCGCGCCUACAGCACUCAGAAGACGGCAGAAAGACGAAAGAAGAGCCCACAUUAAUAAGAUUACAGCAAUUCUUAGAGGAAAGGGAUAUACAUUUGGAAAAACGUUCAGAGGAAAGAGACAAACGUUUGGAAAAAUAUUUAGAGGAAAAGGAAAAACGUUACGAGGAAAGAGACAAACUUUUGGAAAAAUAUUUAGAGGAAAAGGAAAAACGUUACGAACGUUUGGAAAAAUAUUUAGAGGAAAAGGAAAAACGUUACGAGGAAAGAGAAAUGCAAAGAGUGAUUCAGAUAGAAGAGAUAGUUAGAGGCGUAUCAAACAAUUCAGCCGCCUGCGAAGACAAGUUUGAGAAGCUUAACACUCGGGUAGAUCAUAUGCAAAAGCAACUAUCAGCACUAUUAUUGUCAAGGCCACAGCUUCCAUCAUCACAAAAGCCGCCAUCAUCGGUGAAACCACCACCAUCUCUGGAGUCCUCGCCAUCAUCAUCCAAGAAGCUGUACAACCCUUAUCAAAAAAGGAAGAUAGACGCAGGCACAAACCAAUCGAUCUCGACGUUUUUCAAGCGUCAUAGACCAGAAAAUGAUAGGGACAGUAAGCCAGAGAACGAUAAUCCAGAGAACGACAACCCAGAGAACGACAAUCCAGAGAACGGCAAUCCAGAGCAAGGAGUAUAAGAUUAUACACUGGGACAAGGAGACAAAGUAUAGAUAACAGUGCAAAGCUCACUCAUGACGAACAAGAUCACUACCUUUGUUACCAUUCACCUUCAUCAGUUAGUAGCUUUACUGGAAAGACUAUCAUGUUUUCCCGUGCUCCCACAACAUGGCGUUAUGAGGUGUAUGCCUAGGGGGAAUUGGCUGCUCUUCUGUAAAACGAGAGUUGCUCUGUAGUGUGCCAGGAUCAUAAUAAGAAAGGAAGAUGCACGUAUAACAUUAU